CGGCUGAGGCUCGCGUGCGGAGACCACAACUCCCAGAGCGCUCCGCGUCCUCGUCCCCGCCCUGGACCGCAGUGCCGUGCCAGGGCGCACGCGCAGGCUCAGAGCGCGGAGACUCCGGCGCGGGGACCACAACUCCCAGAGUGCUCCGCGUGCUUGCCGCAGCCACCGCCUCCGCUGCGACCAAGAUGGCCGGGAGACUCGCCACCUUCCUCAAGGAUGCCUGGGCCAAGGAGCCGGUGCUGGUUGCGUCCUUCACCAUCGGGGGCCUCGCUCUAAUUCUGCCCACCCUCAGCCCCCUCACCAAAUACGCCACCAUGAUCAACCAGGCCACGCCCUACAACUAUCCAGUGCCCCUCCGAGAUGAUGGGAACAUGCCCGACGUGCCCAGCCACCCCCAGGACCCCCAGGGCCCAAGCUUGGAGUGGCUGAAGAACUUGUGAGCACCCCCGGUGACAUGGAGGAGGCCCCUCCCCUGAGCCAAUAAAAUGCGAAGAGUGACCCCAGAACCUGA